GAGGUGUCAAGCGUGGUUUGCCAAAAGUUUUGCUACGAUGAUCCACUGGGCUAUAAGAUUACUGUUCGUAUUAAGUACGAUUGUUCACAUUGCUACAAUUCGAACAAAGUGCUUUGAACAAAAAUGCAUCAUUUUUGACUUUAAAACGCAUGUUGAUGCGUUCGUAUUUCAGUACAUUCCAAAACACGUGAUCUUCUUAAGCAUUGAGAACAUGUUGCUGGAGCACCUCGAUCAGACAGUUAUGCAGACAUUGCCUAGAUUCGUCACAAAUGUAGACGUUAGAAACUCUCCCGCUUUGAAGUGGAUCGAUGUUCCAAAUACGACGCUCAAUCUAACGGUCGUGUAUACCAGCGUGCAGCGGAUCGAUGUGGUAGCCAACAGUUCGGUGGAUUAUUUAAUGGUUACCAAGUGCAAUCUAGAGAAGAUUCCCCGUACCAUACAAAACGCACAGCGGAUGCGAAAGUUGGAAAUGGGAUCGUGCAAAAUCGACGGUCUGGAUAUGGCGAGCUUGUGCGCCAACCGGGAGCUCAACAUCCUGAUCCUAACGAACAACAAGAUACGCUACGUCAUCAAUACCGCAACGCAGCAUUGCCCGAUCUACGAUUCUCUCGUUGCACUUUCGUUGCAAGCAAACAUGCUUAAAACGGUCAACAUCGAGCUGUUCAAUGUGUUUGUCCAAAUGAACAGUUUGUUUCUGCACAGAAAUAGAAUAAAAUCAAUAGCGGGACGGUUGGUGAACGAUGCCUUGCAGCAGCUGAGGCUUGAAAACAACAAGCUGACCGGGUUGGACAUGUGUCACUGGCAUGUACCAUCGAUUGUGCUGGUUACGUUUAUGGACAACCCGAUGAAAACUAUUCCCGAAUGUUUAAAUAAUUUGCAAAACUUGUCCACCAUAACUGGUCUGUAAUCGGGUUUAAGACGAAAUAUAGUUACGAGAGCCUUAACUGAAACCAAAACACGGUGUUUGGAGACUAUGGUUAGACGCUACUGGAAUCGCAGAUCUAUAUUUCAAUUCAAACCUAUUCUGAUCGCAUUGAGGUCAACUCUGACUUUGUGGCUGCUGCCUAAUGAUUAAAGAUAGCUUAAUAAGCCAAAGACCUUGUAUACUGAAAGAUGAUUGUAAUUGUUUUAUGAUGAAGUAUUUUUGUAGGAGAAUCU